CGGGCACUAGGCGCGGUUCAUGCGGACAAAUUUUAUUUUAGUACGAUUAAGCAGACAAGUGGAAUAAGGUGAAUUUCGUGAUCAAGAACGAUCGAACAUAGCGAACUCAAUUAGUUAAUAAUGCUGCCAACAAAACAAACGACAGUCGCCUUAGCGCUGGCUGCUGUCUUCCUAUGCUGCAGCAUAGGUCAGACUCAAGCUCAAGAAAAUGCACAACUACAAAUCCCGCCAUCACUGGUGGAGUGUUAUAAUACAAGUUAUUUCAUGAAUCGCGAUAAUCGUUUGCCGUCUAACAUAGGAACCCUUAUUUCACUCAUCGAGAAAGUAGAGAACUCAUACAACUAUAACCAGGACAUACGACAAUUGGCCAUAAGUUUAAUACAUCGUUUCCGACAGGAUGGCAUACAGCGUGCACCAAAUAUAGUUGCAUCUCCAGGUGUUAUACCCUACAGUCCGACUGGUUUCCAAUUUUCCAAAUUUCGUAUUUUAUUGCAAAGACUAAUACCAGGCAACGCUUAUAAUUUCCCAAAUAACUCACUAUCAGUUGAGGAACGUUGUUCUCUGCACUUCAUGCUUUCCAGUUCAUUCGAUACACGCCAACGUGGCGAUGAAAAUCAAGUUUGUGGAAAACUCUCACAAUAUCGUGCACAACGCUUACCACGCGCCGCUCCCGCACAAGAACAAAAUAACUUUAUUGGAGACGUUGAACUUCUUGAGACAUUUGGUGCUAAAAACAAACGUCGUGUUGUUCCACAAGGCAAAUUACGAGAAAAUGUUAAUAUUAAUGCCAAAUCCUUUGACUAUGAUUGGGGUUAUGCUGAUCCUAAUUUCGGUUACAGUAGUGGCGAUAAUGCAGUAAGUCAGUGCCCAGUUGAAAAUGGUGUCAUUUGGACUCCAUGGGGUACUGUUGCUGCAGGUACCUUAAUUGCUGGUAUAGCUGCUGGUCUAGAACAACAAAGUGUGCAGUUGCGUACAUUGUUGGCUUUGGCAAGACGUCAAGGUGGUCCAAAUCUACCACAAACUACAACAGUUGCAAUAGAUAAUCGUUGGGCUGCAACACUGGCUGGUGACCUCGCUGAAGUAGCGCUGCUGCAAGUGCCUAGUUCAUCAUCAGAAACUGCUUCAGUUGGUGCAAACGGUGCCUGGAAUAAUACUGUCAUGCCAAAAUGGUAUUUCUUGUCUCAGCGCCAGAAUAUGGAAAUGACAGAUGCUGAAAUACGUGGUGGUUUGGAUGGUCUUAUUAUUGCCAUGAAUAUAGUUAAUUGGCGUACACAAGCACCUUCUCUUAAAUUAUCACAGUUAUUACGUAUGUACUAUUCAAUGGAUGGUGUAUUGAGCUCAGGUAUAAUGGCCUGCAAUCGUAAGGAUAAUUUCCCAACAUUUGCUCCACUUAACACAAUGAUCGCUCAAACUUCCGCCUUUGCUCAAGUUCUUGAUCGUGAAAUGCAGUUGCGUGUUACUCUUUCAGCCACAGCGAUCGCAAAUUUCUCGAAUUUAGCGGCCAAUGCUUUGGAAAGUUAUAUACCCCAAUACUUGAAUGAUGUUUCUUGUUCAGUCAGUAAUGCUCUCCCACAGGACAUUUCAUCAUCAAUUACCGCUAUGACAAAUAUUUAUGUGUUCUUGGACACUUCCUGGCAAUAUGGAAACAUUGUGGACUACCUAGUUUACAUAUUGGAACGCUUAAAUAUUAAUCCAUAUGCCAGUUCAGUAACUCUAUUAGCAGCUGCUGACUGCUCUGUUAUCGUAAAUACUACUAACAAUAUUGCAGACGUAUAUGAAAACUGGAACGUAACCACGCAUUCAAUGUUUAAUCCCGGUUUUAAUUUACCUAAUAUACUACAAACCCUACAAAACCUGACUCAAGCUUAUAUGAACGCUGAACAAACCAAUUCAUCUGUAGGCGGACGUUCAAUGGUAGCACUUAUGAUGCCAAAUCAAGCCACAGUCAAUAGCGGUGAUUCAAGUUAUUCCACAACUCAAUUGCUAUAUAUGUCCGAGCAAAUUCCCGACUUGCAUUACAUCUACUAUUCUGGUGGAACCUCUAACCGUUUUUCGUCAUUUGUUAACGAUCCCAAUCAAGACUUAUUUAGUUUAACCAUAGGCUCUCAGCCUUCUGUAUCUUCAGGUCCUGUUGUUAACCGCAUCAAAAAGGUUCCACGUCGCAUUAUAAAUCCUAAUUGUGGUUCAAAUUGGUAUUCGAACAGCGGUACAAAUAACUAUAAAAUGACUCAAUAUGCACGACCUGGUGUCAUCAACUUCUAUCGUAUGGUCCCCAACUACUACUACGGUGCAGCCAGCGGCCGUUACGUCAAUAUACAACCACAAAGUUCCAUGCAAUUUACCGUUUGCUCUUCACGCUCAACAGUUUUACCAAUGCAAAAUUCUACCAACUCCGGCAGUAAUCAAAAUUGUGUACAAAUAUCUGGUUCAAGUUCUCCAUAUAGCUAUGAUCUGUCCAAUGCCUGCGACGGUUACUACACUAUUCACCAGUGUCCUUCACUUUACUUAUCAGUACAAGCGAUGAACGUAACUAAUAGCUAUACUGUGUCUUGUACAGACGCGGCAUGCCAAACUCCGGAUCAGUUACAGUAUUCGAUUACAGUAGCCAACCUUGGUUGUUACAGUAGUGCUAGUGGAGUUUUUGCCAGUUUUAUUACAAUUACUUUAGCUUAUUUCCUACUGCAAUUCUUCAAAUAAAUCGGUUCCAAAAUUGAAGGCACCUUAGACAUAAAACAGAGGCGAUUAAUAUUUGACAAAUACAUUAUUGGAUUUGUUCAAUAUUUAAGCUCCCACCAUACAAAUCCAAAACCAAUUAAUUUAAUUAUACAAACAUUACAAACACAUAUUUUUACUAUUGAAUUGUUUAUUCUUUAAUAUUUUAAGUAUUUUUUCUAUUUUAAGUUGUAUUUUUAACAAAAGUUGGAAUUUGAAUACAGCCAUAAUAAAGACAACCAACACCAUAAAAACAACAAAAAACUUUCUUUAUCACUC